GUAGCACAAACUCGAGUCGUAGUUACUAUAUAUAAAACCUGUGUUGUUUACUAACAGUCUGUGAGCUAGGUAGCGAAGUUAGUUAAUUUUUAAUAAUUUUUUAGCCCUUUAUACAGUUUUCGACUGUAAGGGCUUUUAAAAUAUAAGGUGAAGGAGGUGCUGACGGUGGUGAUUCCGUGGGGAAGAUUGUUGACUUAGGUCAAGGCAGAGAUCUUUAUAAUCCGAGGCGAAUAUUCUAGAAGCUCUUGGCCUACUUCAAGGUUUUGGCUUGCUGAAUUAGAGCAAAAGCAAACAAUAAUAAAAAAGGAAAAGAAAAAAAUAAGUUGCCGGUAGCAGUCAGAUAUAUCUAUCUGAUUGCAGAUUUUACGCUAAUCUUGUCUGUAUAAGAAAUAAAUCAGUUUUAAUUACGUAAUUUCGAAAAAUUUGAGGCUCCAGUGUUUGCUUGAAUUACAAAUUAAGGUUUCUCUCAGUAGGUAACGAAAAUUUGUAGUUAAGGUUUCUGAAAGUUGUUGCAGAGGUUAUCCCGAUGUCUCUAAUUUCUUCAGCAUACAACAAAACUACUGGAGAGUUACUGAUAAACUUGCUUUUCUUGAAGCGAUUUCUGUUGGUGGGCUAUAGGAUUCAAAGACUGCUAUCUUUGAAAAUAUUUUUGUGAAAACAUAAGCUUGAAAAGCUUUGGUUUCUUAUUAAAAGACAUCUGUGACAUUGGCACAAUGGAUGAAGAGCAGUUUGAUAUGGAGCUUCAGGCUUUGCAUUUAGUGGAGGACAAUAACAAUUUUAAGAAUAUGAAAACUGACAAUCAGACAUCUUCAAAUUGCAGUCAGAAAUCUGUCCAAACUCGCCAACAUUGGAAGGAUGCUGCUAAAAAGGCUUUGCACAUGAGCGAUCCAUGGGAAGAAUUUCAUCUUGAGCAACUAGAAACAGAGGUAGUUUGUCGUUACAGGUUCAAUGCAGUGCGUCAGGCAUGGGUUAAAGAUGAAGUUCUUGUGAAAAUUGCAAAAGAGCCCUUUGGUCAUGGUGCCAUGAGAUCUUGUUACAGACUGGUUGAUAUAUUUCAAAUGUCUGUGAUAGAAUUUUUCCAGAGACCUGGAAGACCACUAUUUCAUCUUGAGCAUUAUAUCGAAGGUGAUUACAUAAAGUAUAAUUCUAACUCUGGAUUUAUCAGUUGUGAAAAAAUGAGGUUGACUCCUCAAGCUUUUAGUCAUUUUACUUUUGAGAGAUCAGGACAUGAGCUAAUAGUAGUAGAUAUUCAAGGUGUUGGAGAUCUGUAUACUGAUCCUCAAAUUCAUACAGCUUCUGGUGUAGGCUAUGGUGAUGGUAACCUGGGUACUCGUGGGAUGGCAUUAUUUUUUCAUUCCCAUAUAUGUAAUGCUAUAUGCCAAAGUCUUGGUCUAUCACCAUUUGAUCUUGCAUCUACUGAGAUGAUGCAGAAUAACAAAUUGGCAAAACUACAGAUGACAUGCAAAACUAGGGUUCGAGGAACUGAAGAUUUGUGCAUCAGUCCAUCUGAUAAAGAGCGAGUUCAUUGGAAAGAAUACAUUCGUUCACGUUCUGCUUCUGGCAACAGCCCAACAUCUGGCUCAUUUUCAUAUAUGUCUGAAUCUAGUGAAAGUAUGCACUCAAAUAAAGACAGCAGCACAGAAGGGUUUGGAAAUGGUAGUUUUAGCUAUGAUGAAGAUGAUGAUGAUGAAGAUGCUGGCCUUGGGGCAGAGGAACAUCACUAUCCUUUCCCAGGAUGUAACAGCGAUUCGGGAGUUGGAUCAGCUAAAAAGAGGAGACGGCGUAGGUGUGAAUCUGAAUGCAGUGUAACAGAAGAAAAUGAAAGAGUGGAAUUUGGAGAGCUGGUUGCACGCAAAUCUAGGCCAUCUUGUGUUCAGAACGAAAUUCAGAUACGUGAAUUGCAGAAUGACAAUGAAAAUAAAAAAUUCGGAAAUUCUGUUUUAGGCCAAAUUCACAUGGACCUGGCAAAAUAUCAUGAAAUUGGUCGCUUUACACCAGAAAAUAAAGAUUAUGAUCAUGAAGCUGCAUUUUAUCAUUUGAAACAAGCAGCUAGGUGUGGGAAUUUGGAAGCUAUCAAUGUUAUGGCUAAGGUGUAUUUAAGCAUUCCUCAUGACUUACUAUCUGCAGUAACAGUUGAUGAAAGCACAGAAAAUAUUGCAAUUGGGAUGGAUUACAUGAAACAAGCUGCAUGUGCUGGUGAUAGAGCAGCAAUGAUUUUUCUUGCAAAAGCUUAUGAUACUGGUGAAAAUGUGAGCAGAAAGUGUUGGAAUGAGGCUGUAUAUUGGUAUGAGAAAGCCCUAAUAACAGAAGAAGCGGAUGAAGGGGGAGAAUAUGAUGGAUGUAUGGAUGAUCCUAGUUAUGAAUUAUUGGCUCGACAGGCAGAACUUUACCGGAAAGGUGGUUUUGGAUUAAUUCGGAAUCCAAAUAAAGCUGGAGAACUUUACAGUUCAGCAGCAGAAGCAGCCAUGUCUUGUAUGAAGGGAAAGCUAGCAAAUAAGUAUUAUAUGAAUGCUGAAGAAGCAUUUGGAGAAGCAGAAGAAUGAAGAAGUCUUUCACAUGAUUUAGGUCUUAUUUUUUCAAUGUUUUCCAGUUUAUUGUGAUAGUUUUAUAACUUUUGUUAUUCAUUUGUAUAUUGAAUGAACUUCUGUUAUUUAGGUAGUGUGGAUUUCUUGCAUAUGUAUGUUAUAACUAUUUUUCUUUGAAGCUUUGCCAGAGAAGCUUCUGAUCUAUGCAUCUGUGGCUAUAUAAGGGGGGGGGAAGAGGAUUUGUCUGUCUUAAGUUUAAAAAGAAGUCAGUUAAAAAGUUUAAGAGUUAAAAAGAGUUUAAAAAGAGGCAGUUUGACUUCAAAGAAAAACUAUUGCACCCAUUUUAUUUAGAUAGUUUGCUAUGUAUCUUAAGCAAACCUUCAGUAUCAGUUGCUUAUGACAUUAAACACAAACAAAAAAUUUGAUUGCUCUUCUUAUUUUGUUGAUCAAGAAUUGUGUUACAAAGGAUGUGUGUGUUAAGUCUUCUCUGGCAGUCAGAUAAGCAUAAAUAAUUUUAAAUUACUGUUUUAUAAUUUUUUGAAGACUUCUUGUUUAAAUCCAAAUACGGUAGACCAAAUAUAAUUGUAAAUCAAGGAUGGGGAAACUACUAUUCUUAACAUCAUAUUAUCUUUGAAUACCAAUUGCAAACUUUUGUCUCUCAAAUGCCGAACCCGUCUUACAUUCCUUGACAGUACUAAAACUCUGUCUUACAUAUAUGCGUGGUGAUUUGUAAGUUGAUGAUGUAAACAUAAGGUAGCAUUCAUACAUAAAGAUAUUAGUAAUGGCUGAGACUAUUAAUUUCUUAAAAAAUCACAUUCAUAAUUUGAAACAUAACAGCUUGAAGCUAUAAUGUAAAUACAAGUUUAAUGUAAAUACAAGUACAGUUACAAGCUAUAAUGUAAAUACAAGUAGCAGUUUACUCACACUUUUUUGAUUAUAUUUGUGACUUUUACAUUGUUAUUGAUAUUGUGAUCCAGUUGAUGAAAGAGAAAUGAGCGGCAUAAAUGCCAUGUAUCUGAGAUAAAAGCUCUAUUCAGAAUAAAUAUGUUUCAGUUCAGAUUAAUCCUUAUUGGUUAAUAAUGAAUUUAGGUUCUUGAAUGUGAAAUCAUUGUUGGUAGAAGUAGGUUCUUGAAUGUGAAAUCAUUGUUGGUAGAAGUAAUCAUGUGUAUCCUUUUGCAAGAAUCAUAUGAAAAGAUUAAUUCUGAAAUGAUGCAUUUCUGAGCAAUUACUACUUUUGGAAUGGGAAGGGAAAAUAACCAAAUUAAAAUGGAGAGUUAAAGGACCACUGCAAAUUAAAAUAUUUAUUUUAUCUCAGUAUAUGCGACUGUAUUAAGCACAGCAGAUAUGAUAGUAUUUAUUUGAAUGACUUCUCCUCAUUCAGAAUAAAAAGAUUAAAUUAUGCUGAUAAAUGAUAAACAGAAACACAUAAGUAUUUCUUUAGUGACUGCUUCUCAUUCAGAAUAAACAUAUUUAUCAGCAUAAUUAAAUUAUGCUGAUAAAUGAUAAACAGAGAAACAUUAAAAGAUAAAAAUUAAAAAGAUUGUGGAGGGCGGGGAAAGAAAAAAAGAAGGGAGGGGGGAAAGCAACUUUUUUUAAGUUUGAUCACAGAAAUAUAAUUUCAAUUCAGAACUGUUUAUCAUUUUGCUAUAUUGCUUAAUAUAUUGAAUAGGAUUCGAUUUGUUAUUCCUACUAGUUGUUAAAUGGAUAAUUUUACUGAAUAUUGGUUGUUUAACCUGGCUUCAAAUCCCAGUGAAUGGUUGGCUCUGUGAGUGGUUUAUCAUUCCUCCAUGUAUAAUGUAAAUAAAAGUAGUCAGGUUUUUUUUAUAAUGUCCCAUAUUAAAUAGGCAGAUAGUCUUCUUUUGUUUUGUCAUAUUUGAUUAAAUGAGCAGAUACAUACAUUAGGUAUGUUUGAGGUCUGAUUUAAAUUAUUAAUUUUCUGAGGACACCUGAGAUAUUUUAUUUCUGAAAUUUGGACUUACCAGUCGACUUAUAUGCUUUCAUUAAAAUCAGAUCACACGCACACACAGUGAUUUCUAGAUCAUUAAAAAAUAAUUGAGUAAAAUGUUUUAAAACGUCAGGAAAGGUAUGUGAAAUAAAUUGAUAAGUGACUGGGUAAAAAUCAUGCUGGGGGAGAGUUAAAUACAAUGCAAAGUUUUCCCAUCCCUGGUAUAGACUGUAUGCAGUGGUUUCACCAUGCUGGACUUAACACCUCUGUGAUAUUCUAAAUUGUGAAUUUGUAUCUAAAUAUAGUGUUCUUUUAUACUGCCAAAACUGUUUUCUUCUUUUAUGGUUUUAUUUAGUUGCUUUUUAUUGAAACAUUUUCCCCCCUUUUUAAGGUGAUGAAAUUUAAUUUCGUAAAAUGCAGACUUGGGAAUAAAUUGAUUAUGCAGUAUUCAAAAUAUUGCUUUCUGUAUACUGUUGGAAAGGUUUGGAAAUAUAAGCUUAAACUGACUUUCGUAUAUGCAGGAAAUGGACAUUAUGUAAAAGAGUAUCCAAACAGUAUUUCCCUGUGUAAAAUAACAAAACUGAUUCUUCAAUCUGCAUGGUGAGAGGAUUGGUUGAAAUUUGGUUUUCACUAAAAAGAAGUUAUUUAUGAAAUGAAUCAAAUAAUAAAAACAAAAGAUUAGGUUAGGUUAGUUGAUUAAAGCAAAGCAACUAGAUAGUUAUCUUCCUAUAGGAAAGGAUGCCUUCAUGGAGGACCUUUUUAAGGGAAAGUGGCUCAUAUCCAUAUUACACAUGGGACAAACACAAAAACCAAGUACACAGCCAGCCUGUUCGCUGGUUUUCUGACUACUGGUGUUUAUUGACUUUACCACUCUGCUGAUGGUGGGCUGCUAAACACAAGGGAAUAAGCAUUAAAUAAGAAAAAUAAGUAUUGGUGUGUUGUAAAAAGAAAUCUAAUUUUUGAUGCCAAAAUUUGAAAGUCAGAACCGAAGAAAAUUUCAUGUGAAAUCAUAUUUAGCAGUAAAAAUUAAACUUACCUUCGAAUGGAUAAAAAUUAAUGCCAUGGAUAAAAUUAAACUUAAUUUUUAUCUGUGGUUCUUUGAAAUACAAAUUACCACUAUCCUGAUUUAUGAUAUUACAUAUCCUAAUGAAAAUUGGAAUUAAGUCAAAAAGAUGCGUAGUCUUGAAUGUGAUAAAGCUAUGGAAUGCUAUAAUUCAGUCUGCAUUUGUUAUUCUGACAGUUAAAAUGGGAUGACUCUGUGAUAUACUUUUCCCAUAUGUACUAUGAGAAAAACUUCAUAUUUAAUAUGAGCCAGUUUUCCUGUUGAAGGAUCUUCACAAAAUCAUCCUUUGUCAUAUGCUUUACCAUUAUUAAUAACAGAU